AUGGAGAGUUCCGAAUCAGACGAUUUGGUGAAUGAGAUAGUGGGGAAGUAUAAGGACCUCAACCAGCGCUACCAGACGAAAUGCAAGCAGUAUAACGACGAGUUUGAGGCCCGCGGCCACUAUCAGGAGAGAGCCAGGGAGGCACAGAAGUGGCUCACCGAGUUUGAACACCACACGGACGCCAACUGCUUUGCCUUCGCCAUCAUCGACGGCGACGGCGCCGUGUUCCGUGAGGACCUCAUCGCGCGGGGCGAAGACGGGGGCACGCUGGCGGCGCACCAGCUGCGCACGUCGAUCAAGCAGUACCUCAAGCGCGAGCACCCAGACUCCAACGUCGAGAGCUGGCACAUCAUCGUGCAGGUGUCGCUGAACCUGGGAGGGGCAGUCGCGCAAGCUCGACCGCGUCGGGCUCAGUUGCCGGCAUUCGCACAUGCCUUCGGCCGCGCCCACGGGCUCUUCGCCCUCGUCGAUGUCGGCUUCGGCAAGAAGCAGGCCGACUUCAAGGUGCGCGAGAUGCUGCGCGUCAUGGCCAAGAACGUCCAGUGCAAGCAUGUUAUUGUUGGCCCCUGUCACGACAAGGGUUAUAUGGUUGAGCUCAAGCCCUACCAGCUCGACGAGGCCGCGGCCGCCAAGCUCACCCUGCUCGAGACCACGCCCGUGCCGUUUGAGUUUCAAGAACUGGGCUUCAAGAUCGUUGCGUUUCCUGAGGUUUUCAGGUCUGAGCCCCUGCCCGCGGGCAAGGCUCCCCUCGGUGGGAUUUCGAACCUGAGGACGCUGUCCCCGAACGCGCCUACGCAGAGCCCUACGCCCGCAGACCUACCAAACACACCACCGGGCUGGAGCGCCGUCAGCAUCAGCCUGCACAACGAGCGCGUCGACGAGCCGCUCCAGCGCUACGACGGGAUCUACGACCAGCGGUUCUCUGACCGCAUGCGCAAGGAGGGGAGAAAGCCAUGCAACCGGUACCACCUGCACAACAAGUGCGACAACCCGAGCUGCGCCUACUACCACGGCGAGCGGCUGUGCAGCGGCGAGCUGCUCGUGCUGCAGCACAAGGCGCACGGCACCAUGUGUUUUAAACAGCAGUGGUGUAAGGAUGUUAACUGCCUGCUGGGCCACCACUGCAAGUUUGGCGACAAGUGCAGGUGGGAUUGCAAGUUUGGGGCGACGCAUGAUAUGAAGCUGACUCCUGCCGAGAAGGUCUUUGAAGAUGGGUCGCGAGUGAGCUUAUAA